GCAUGUAAAAAAUCAGAGUGACUAUUAUUUUGUCACAGAGGGACAAGUAUAUUUGUAUCUGAUAUAAAACAUAUCAGUGCUUUAUGUAAUUUGUCAACACUAGUGGUAGUUCUAUUAAUGAUUUUUAUGUUAUGAAAUUGAACCAUCUCGGAUUGACUAUGCCAAAACAGAAACCAAACUGGUUCAUCUGCGAUUGUAAUUUUCAAUUAUAAAAUUUAAACGAAAUAUUCUGAUUCCGAUUUUAUCACAAAUUCGGACAGAAUUUAUCAGAACCCGUUUUUACGAUCCCGAAGAAAAAAAAAUUAUGUCUUGUUAUAAUAAUUCAAACUUGAUCUGGAUGAGGAAAGGAGGAAUGAAGUUUCACAAAGCAGUUCACUUGAGAAUGAGUAUAACAUCUGAAUGGGGCUUGUGGACAAGGUGGAGCGAAGUUUAACAGUGCAGAAUGUGAAUACCAUGUGAAUGGUUGAGUGUGAUCUGCAAUGCCGUGUGAUAAAGAGUAUUUCAAAAAAAAAGUUAAAUUCUAAAUUCACUUCAAAAUAUAAAGUAAAAGAUAAAGUACUUUGAUAGUACUUGAUUUUGGUGUAAAUAUGACUUGUGCUCGCCUUUGAAGUAUGUUCAAGCCCACCACCAGAUAAUUAUUCUAUCAGUAAGAUACUAAGAUUGUUGUUUCGGAUAUAAAGGAUUCUGCACCAACUCAAGCCAACAUAAUAGGAGACAAAGCUCAACAAAAAUAAAAUAACGGUAUGUUUGAGAGUGUUGUUAAAACUGUUGUGCUAUUAGAAAAAGCGCUGUUAUAGAAAGCAGAUAAUUUUUGAUAAUUUUUUGAUAUUUACAUAUUUUGAGUUAUAAUAUAAAUAAUGUUUUCGGUGAGGUUUGACACAUUCGAAGUGUAUAUGUAUGUGGGUAUAUGAUUUUUAAAAACAGUUACAGGCUCUUUUGCAUGUACCUGUGCUAAACAAACUGAUAUUCAAACAAGGGUUGUUAAGGGUUACUCAAUUACCCAUAUCAGUUUAUAUACAUGAGCACCCAUCAAUUUUAAAAGAGGAUGUUAUUUCUGGAGAGGACGCUGCAUGCCGUGUUUUCGGCAAACCUAUGGUAGGUUCUGCUACAUAUAUGUACAUUAGUUCUUCUGUGUUAGCUUGUGGUAUAACUUUGUCUUUACUUAAAGUCGAAUAAAGUAAAGAAACAGAGACAUUGUUUAUUCCUACAUUCACUUGUAAAUUUAAAGUAAAAGCUAAAGUUUGAUAGUUUAGGUUCUUGAUUUUGGUAUAUAUGACUUGCAGUCUUCUCAUAAAUAUAUAUUCAAUCCCAGCACCAAAUUAUCCUUCCAGUAAAUUUUGAAUCCUAAUUCUAAAUCUCUUCCCCCACACAAAAAUGAAGUCGGUGUUUGAGUACUUCAGCAAUUCUGGGUACACAUUCAAAGCGUAUUAUUUUGAAGAAGAUGUUAGCUGUCAUACGUGCAACGAAUCACUUGAAGGCUCUGUUGGAUAUAGGUUUACUGAUACUAGGCUCAAUGAUCUUAAAAGAUUCGGCCUGCACAAGACUUGUUCAAAAUUGCCCAUAUCAGUUUAUAUACAUGAGCACUCAUUAUGUUUAAAAGAGGAUAUUAUUUUCAGUGAGGAUGCUCCUUGCCGUAUUUGCAACAAACCAAUUGCAGGCUCUCCUGCAUUUACAUGUACUAAUCCUGAUGAAAAUGUCAACUGUCAAAAUUUUUACUUGCACAAGAUCUGUGCCGAAUUGCCCUUGCAGAUAAACCACCAUAAGCACAACAUACACCCUCUUGCUCUGUUUCCUCAGCCUGAUGGUCACAUCUGUAGUGUUUGUACUCGUCCUGUGAAGAUCUGUUAUGCAUGUUACGACUGUGAGUUUAAUGUGUGUGUGUUCUGUGCUUUUGAACAAAGAGUGCUUCAUCAUGAAGGACACAAGGAGCACACACUCACAUUAAUGAAGAAGGAAUCCUUGUUCCACUGUGAUGCUUGUAAUGAGGAGGCUAAAGACUCUUCAUAUGUUUGCACCACCUGUGAGUUCUGGAUCCACAAGAGGUGUGCCUUUUCCCCUUACAUUAUCCCAAAUCCUAGUUACCACCAUCACCCUCUUACUCUCAUCUACUCCAUUCCUGACAUUCAUCGUUAUUUCAAGCAAUUUUGCGGUAUCUGCGGUGAAUUUGUAUGCAAAAGCUACUGGGUGUACUAUUGCCAUAAAUGCACAUAUUUUGUGCACAUGAAAUGUUCCACAUCUACAGUAUCCAUGCGAAAUAAGGAUGAAGCUGAUGACAUUGAUAAUGAACCUGAUCUGCUACAAUUUCCUCUGCCUAGCCAAGAAUCAAUGUUUGAUCUCAUUGUAACUCAGUGUGCCAAGUCCCAAAUUGACCUUACAGAUGAAGGGGAAAACAGUGUUACUAUGUCAACAGCACCAAAUGAUCCACACAUAAUUGAAAAACACUGGAGUCACGAGAUCCAUCCAUUACAACAGCUCUUGUUUACUAUUAAUGAGAACGAUGAGGACGACAAUGAUGAUAGAGGGGUGCUGAUAUGUAAUGGAUGCAUUCAACCUAUAACGGUUUCCUAUCCGUCAUACUAUGCUUGUAUCCAAUGUUGUUUCUUUCUCCAUUCCUUCUGUGCGACUAAGUUGCCACAAAAGCUACCUGUAGGAGCAUCCCACUUUCACCCUACUCAUUCGCUCUUGCUUCAGAAGCCCCAUAAAUUCUAUUAUGUUGUUCCCUGUGAGUCUUGCUACCUUGUGACAAAUGGAUUCUACUACCAUUGCGAGACCUGUGAUAUCAAUAUUGAUAUCCGUUGUGCAUUCUUACCAACCAGGAUAAAACACAAAUCUCACAAGCACCACUCCCUUGUUCAGCGUUUCUCUUCUAAUUCCAGGUGUUCUAUAACUGGGUCAACAAUUAGAAAUGAUAUGGUAUAUGCAUGUGAAACUUGCAGUAGUUUCCAGAUUAAGAAAUAUUGUAUAUUUUAUCCAAGUAGCGCGAAACACAAAUAUGAAACUCACCCACUAACCUUGAGAUAUCCACCAUUCUUCUACGAGGGGGUAUUCUACUGUGAAAUCUGUGAAGAACGAGUUAACAACCAAGAGUUGCUCUAUCAUUGCAGUGAAUCUGAACAUUCAUUUCACGGUUAUUGCUUGAGCGUUAUCAACAAUAUGAAGUUAGGAGGGAGCAUUAAAGUUUUUAUUGCGGAUAAACCACACACACUUGCAUUAGUUAUCAAGAGGCGAACAAGAAACAAGUCCUCAUACGCUUGUUCCCAAUGCUUACAAGAUUUCUUCCUCCCCGACUGCUUUUUGGAAUGUGAUGGCUGUGGAAUUCUUGCAUGUGCCGACUGUGCCUGUAAACUCUUGGGCGAGCAACAAGCCAACAGCAGCAGAGCGGCCUUGUAUUGAACUACUCACCGUAUUUAUUUAUGAUCGGUUUUGACAUGUUUUCUUGUCGUGGAAGUAUGUUCAUUGUUUUGCAUUUUAUUUUUUCCUUUCUACUGUAUAUAUUUCGGUUUUUUCAUGUAAUUUUUAACGCCCCUAAUUGUUGUACCUUACAUCGACAUAAUAAAUGAUAUUAUUUCCAAAACCAAUCAG